UAGAUUUUGAUUAAAACAACACAAAAAAAAAAAAAAGACCUUUUCCCCAAUAAUAAGGUAGCGUAAAUUCACUCGAAAACAAAAUAUUGUGCUUCUGAUUGUGGCGGCGGGAGUAAGAUGGCGGCGAGCAAGAAAGGGAGUGUAAGUUUAGAAGGAAAUAAGGUUAUAUUGGUCCCUUACAUGGAACCUCACGUUCCCAAAUAUCAUCAAUGGAUGCAAGAACCUUCUCUUCUUCAAGCCACUGCUUCCGAACCUCUUUCCCUCGAGCAAGAGUAUCAGAUGCAACUUUCCUGGUCACGUGAUCUUAACAAGGAGACAUUCAUUGUCUUGGAUAAGGAUUUGAUUGUUGGAACUUUCUCUCAUGCGCAACCACAUGUUGAAGCUAUGGUUGGUGAUGUAAAUAUUUUCAUGAAUGAUAUCAAUAAUCCGAGAAUUGCAGAGGUUGAAAUUAUGAUAGCUGAACAAUCAAGCCGUGGCAAAGGACUUGGAAAGGAAUCUGUUCUGAUAAUGAUGGCCUUUGCUAUUGAGAAGUUGGGGAUCAAAACCUUUCAGGUUAAAAUUGGAGAAUCAAAUGUAGAGUCCAUCAACUUGUUCAAAAAAUUGGGAUUUGUGCAAACUUCACAUAGCAACAUUUUCAAAGAGGUGACUUUGGAGUUACAAAUAACAGAACCCAAGAGUGAGGAGAUGCUUUGUUUGAUGGGUUCUGUGAUCAAACACACAUAAGCAACACAUUAUUAUUUACUAUUAGAAGUAGAAUAAUCUCUUUUGUAAGUGUUUGUUGUUCAUGAUGUGCGACUCCCGUUGUCUUACCAAUGAAUUUGGAUUAGGUGCAGUAUGAUUGCAUGUUGUUACACGCAUCUCAGCUGUUGAUCAACAUCGGACAUUUCACAUGUAGUCACAAGGUUGUUAAGGUUUGGAUUGGGUGCAGUGUGAUUGCAUGUAGUUGCACGCAUCUCUGCUGUUGAUCAAAAUCGGACAUUUCACAACAGACAUCCCUUGCCAACAGAAGAUUCUGACAUAAUUUAUCUAACUAUAACUAUUACUUGUUUUUUAAUUAUAAGAAUUUGAAAUUAAUAGUGAUACUACAUUGAUAUUUGUAAUGCUCCUUUCCCAUGUCCAUUUUAUCCUUGUUGAGAUCAGUUCAGUUCACACGAAGCUCCUCUUACAAGAGACGUGAUGAUGUUAGUUGUUAGGAAAUCAGAUUAUCUGUAGCAAGAAAUAUCUAUGGUGAAAUCUUAAACACUUGUUUACUUCUAUGCAUGCUAUCAAAGUCAUCGAGAGAAGAUUGAAUGGUGAGGAUAAUGUCACACGAGAAAAUCUAUACUGAAGGGUACUAAAUAAUCACUUAAUUUAAUGAUUUAAUUUUUUUGGUACAUAAA